UCGAGUGGACGAUUGUAGAGGACCAUCGCCUGCGCCACCGGCGGCGGCUGGCGUCGGUCGCUGGCAGGUGGCAGCGGCCGGUGGCCAGUGCUCGGGAAGCAACCGCGGCGCGCGCGUGUCAGUGUCCGGCCAUGCGGCGCCCGUGAUGCACGCUCACUCGCUCGCCAACAUGUCACCGCGCUGCAGUCUCAGAUACGCGCUGAGCGUCGUGGUGAUACUAGAUGUCAUUUUUACAAAUGUGAGCGCAUUCGCCAUCAGGAGCUCCUUCAACACGACGAGGACGCCCGCGCUAGAUCUCGCUGUAGACGAGAGUCUGCAGCUCGAGGUCAGGCAUGACUUCAAAAGACCUAAUGACUUAAAGACAAAUAUCUUUAAUAAAAGUAACGAGGUGCCUACAUCCACUACCGAUUUACCCAAUAGUAGCAAUCCCUCGUCGUCGACAUAUAUACGGAUGACAGCCGCAAUAAAGUACAAUCCCGAUGUCAUCUCGGAAACAAUAGAUAAUAAUAUGACUACAAAAAAUAACAUUUCUGAAAGAAGUGUAUUAAAGGAACACACCACAAUACAUUCAGAAACCAAUAUAACAACCAAAACUCCAAAGGUAACUGUAGGGCCGACAGUCACUGGAAAUUGUACGACUCAUAAUUACGUCGAGUUGACUGAAGCGACACAACCUGCAGACAUGGACAAUUCUAUGUCACUAGCUGUUGAGAAUAUUAAUGUUAGAGCACUUAAUGACACCUUUGAUUUAAGUACUACACUUAAUGAUACAAUUGAACAAAUUCCGUUGGACCAGCUCGCAACUAUACCUUUACAGAAUGUAACUUUAGCGGAAAAAUACAUCUCUACAUUACCCGUCGUUAAUAGUAGUGAUUAUGUUGACAUAAAUACUAAUUUUACUGCACGGAGAAAAUAUACAGUUAUAGAUAGGAUAACAAAAGUUAUAAAGAAUGAGACAAUCACUCCAACCGAUAAAUAUGACAAGAAAGCAGAAUCUCUGGUGACUUUGACCUCGGCGACAUCUGAGGAGGUUCUGAGGAGAGUAGCGACGGAGUACUCUAUAGCGACUACGCCGACACCGCGGCGGGACGUGCCCGGUACUACCGGCUAUCCAGAUGUACUUAUAACGCAAGAAAUAGAAAAUAUAACAAACCCUUUCGAAGUAUCGUUACAGAAACCUAAAUUUGAAACGGUGUCGUCAAAGCGAGCCGGAUUUUUAAAUUAUUCAUCCAAGUCUAAGCAAUACGAGACAACGAGUGAAGUUAUUACAACGGAGACUGCGUACAGAGAUCACACGACACUGGCACUCGAAAACGAUUACGACGCCAUCUCAGGUCGUACCACCGUAGAGGCAUCCAAAUCCCAGAGUUAUUUAGAUGAAGACGCGAUUAAGGAAGAAAUGCUUCAAGAAACGUCGUUGAAAAAUAACGAGGAAAUGGCUCAACAAAUUCGCGAAGGGCAUGUAAAUAAUACAGAUACCACAUUUUCUUUUCUGGAACAAUUCAGUAUUUUCACAUCGACACAAGAUUUGGAAAGCACCGUACAGACCAACACCGAAGAAAUUAUUAAUACCAAGCCUUCUCAAGAUAAAGGUAAGAGCACUGUCGUCUAUACAGUCAGUCCAAACUACAAGCCCAUGAAGAAACUUGAGAUCCAACCACCGAAACAAUUCGUGAGAGAUCCAGAUGACAACAGCUGGAGAAAUGAGAGCAUUAGUUCGUUAGGGAUAGUGUUCAAACCUAAAAAUUCUUCGAAACCUUUCACUCAAGUCUUGAAAAAUAAGACAGAGACCGAAUGGAGUAACUUAGUAAGUAGAGAUAGCAAAAGUGAAGUUCCCGACCUAAGAGAAAGAUUGGAGAAGAUAGCCCAGAAGCGCAAAACCAAAAAGAAGAAAACAGAUUACUUCGGCAACAUAAUUUAUAGCGACUACGAGGAAACAAAUAGUUCUGAAGAAGUGACCAACACCCGCAAUAUUGACAUCACUCACACUUUAGAAAGUACUUUGGAAGAUACGACCAUGCCAAAUAUACUAACAGAAACUGUAAAAGAGUUGUCUACGCUGACUUUGACUACGACACCGACCACAUCGACGCCGACCCCCGCGACCACAGUGGUCACAUCUGUACACAAUAUUACACAAUCGAAUACAAAUAUAAAUUCAACUACGACCACAGCACAACAAAAUGUUUCUAGUAAACUUCAUAAUAAGACGAAAGAGAUACUGUCCAAAAAGGGAAAAUACAAUUCUUCCGCAAUCGACAAGGAACAGAAAUAUUUUAAUGUUUUUGAUUACUAUGAUAUUUCAAACGAGGACGAAUCGGAAUACUUACAGUUGGCAAAAUUGGAAUUAAAAAAAUACUCCGUUCCAACUCACUUCACACAGAGACCCUUUGUAUCUACUGCGCCUUUACCGUAUCGAUUUACAAAACCAGAGACACUGCCUAUGCCUGAAAGAAAGGCAACAAUACAAUACUUCCCUCCGCGAAUUAAUACUAAUCAGCCGAAACCUAACAGAUUCGAUAAAGACCGUAAAACUAAAAUUAAAUCCCAUACAAAAAUAACAUCUCCGAAAGAAGUGACGUCGUUUACGCUGACCAACUCGCCGGAGACCCCGUUAGGUAAAUACAGCUCACGGUAUCAAGAGGACCAACACAAUGUGCAUCCCACUUACGUGAAUACCGUGGCACCGAUAGAGACACCGAACACGUACAAUUCAAACGAUUAUACAAGAUAUCUGUCGCAGACCGAGCCCCCGAGGGUAUCAACCGAACAAAAGGCUAGAUUCGGGGCCAACGACCACACGGAAGGCUUCCACAGGGCCUCCUACGUGAUGAAGAAUUACAAAGAUUUCAUAGAGCAGGCCGCCAAGGAUUACGACUACGAGAGAGAUGCGGGCUUGAUGACGUACACGCCGCCGCCGGCACCCGUCAGGGGCGUCACCAUCAGCGACCUGCUUGCACGGGAGAGAGACAGACCGAACUUCAACGAAGACUACGACUCGAAGUUCCGGAAGGACGUCAUGCAGAGGUUCGUGGACAACUUCAACCAUAACGACGCGCGCUACCACGCCAACUCCCCCGUCCUGUACAACAACACGGUGAUGCACGCGAACACGGCGGGCAACAGCGAGGCUGCGGCCGCGUCGCGCGCCUUCCUCAAGGGCCUGUACAGCCCGGUGAAGACGCGGGCGGGGUACGCGCGCCGCGAGCCCUACGACCCCGCCUGCGACAACGUCACCGUGGAGCUCUCGCCUGCCUACGAGCUGCACUACUACGUGCCCGAGCAGGAGGAGAUCGAGUCCAAAUCGGCCAGCUAGUCUUUCACCAUCUCCCUGCAUCUCUACGUAAUUACUGUACAUAAAUGUCAAGGACCAAUGUUUUUUUACACAGAUGGUUUAAUCUUAUUUUUACGAGCAAUAGCUACUUUUAUAUGUAAAUAUAUUAUUUUCCCGCCUGAGAAAGAUCUUCAGUGCCGGUCUUUGCUCUACUAGCGUUAUCUUUUUUUACCAUAACUAGGAGGGGUAGUAAUUCGCAGACAUGUGACGCCGGGGGCGGUCGACAAAUCGCGCCCUACCUUAACGCCGGCACUGAAGAUGUCCUACUUGUAUGUCAGCUUACGAUCUAACUAAAUAACAGUUUCUAUUUUUUAAUAAUAUUGAUGCAACUAACGAUGUUAUUUUGUAAUCGAUGCUGUGUUAUGCAAACAAAAUGAUGAUUUCUUUAAAUUAUUUUGUAUUUCGAAAUAACUUUCAUAUGACAUACAUAAUUAUGUUCUUGUUCUAAUAUUUUUGUUAUUUUUUCUUCUAUACAAUCAUUUUGAAAUCAAUCGUUUAUUUUGUACUUAGAUAUUUUUAUUAUCAACAUGUGCGUAUAGCAAGGCGGAUUUUAUUCUCGUUCUACACUUCCUUAGGAGUAUCGAUGGAGUAGGUUAAUGUUUAGCCAACAUAAAAUAUACCAAAUAAUAUCUGAUUUGCAAAGAUAUUUUGUAAUUGUAGAAUGAUAGUCGUUAUACAAUUAUUUAAUUUAUAAAAGUCUAUGUAUUUACCACCGUCCACUGCUGUAGGUUAGAAUAUUGUUAGUCUUACUGUAGUGAUAACUCACUUAUUGUAUUUAUUGUGAAUAUUUAAUAUCUUUUUUGUUUUAAGUGAAGUAGAGCAGUAAAUGUUUGACUCCUCUCACAGUUGACAUUUUGCAACGAUCGCUUUAAAUUAAAUUGAUAAAGAUGUCGCCACUUAGUUAAUAUUAAGAAAAUUUGUUAUAUUUUAGGUAAAUCCACAUAAAUGUACUAUUAUUGUUGUAUUGAAUAAGUGAUCUAUGAAUGUGAUUUAUUUAAGAGUGAUGUGAGGUGAGGCUGUCGGCGAGGGGCCAUCGCCUUGUAAAAUUAUAGCUCCUGCUCGUUGCAUUACACGAAGCGCGCCGCCGAGCGUAGCCAGGCUAAUGUUCCGUGAUCAUACAAAUAAAGAUAA